AUGAGUGAUGUUCUCGCUGAUAAAACCGCUCUGACGUCCUGCUGCGUCCGUCCUGUUUUCUCCCUCUUCUCUCCUCACCCCUCCCUCUUCUCUCCUCACCCCUCUCUUCUCUCUCUCCUCUCCUCUCUCCACUCUCCCCCUCUCUCUUCUCUCUCUCCUCUCUCUCUUCUCUCCUCACCCCUCUCUCCACUCUCCCCCUCCCUCUUCUCUCCUCACCCCUCUCUCCACUCUUCCCCUCUCUCUUCUUUCCUCACCCCUCUCUUCUCUCUCUCCUCUCUUCUCUCCACUCUCCCCCUCUCUCUCCUCUCUCUCUUCUCUCCUCACCCCUCUCUCCACUCUCCCCCUCUCUCUUCUCUCCUCACCCCUCUCUCCACUCUCCCCCUCUCUCUUCUCUCCUCACCCCUCUCUCCACUCUCCCCGGGGCGGCACGGUGGCUGA